AUGGCUAAAAGGGAUACCAUUGAGGCACUAGAUUUGGCUCUUCAAGACCUCUGUGGGUCUGUAGAAAUUUUCGGUGGUAAGGUGAUAGUCUUCGGUGGUGAUUUUAGACAGGUGCUUCCGGUUGUCCGUAGGGGCAGUAGGAAAGAAAUUGUUGAUGCUUGCCUCACUAGCUCAGACCUAUGGCCUCAACUUAAAAAAUUAAAAUUGACAGAGAAUAUGAGAGCGCGUUUAGAUCCUUGGUUUACUGAAAUGCUACUCAAAAUAGGCAAUGGGCAGGAAACAACGUUUGAAGAUGAUCUUAUAAAGAUACCUGCUUCUCUAGCCCUUGCCGACCCAGUUUCCGAGGAGUCACUGGAUGAACUCAUAACAACAAUAUACCCAAAUUUAGCAAGUUUAACCAAGAUGAACCUCUCCAUGAAUCGAGCCAUUCUAACAACAAAGAACUGUUUUGUUGAUGAGGUCAAUAAGAAGCUUAUUAACGAGUUCCCCGGUGAUUUGGUCGAGUACUUGAGUUUUGAUAGAGUUGAAAAUCCUUCUCAUGAAGCUGAAUAUGGUGACAUCAUCAACUCGCUUACACCAAGUGGUCUUUCAGAGCAUAGGCUGAGCCUAAAGAAAAAUGCACCGGUCAUACUGCUACGCAAUCUAGACCCUACUGAGGGAUUAUGUAAUGGAACAAGACUAAUCUGUAAAAAACUAGAUAAAAAUGUAAUUUAUGCAGAAAUUGCAGUCCGUGACUUUUCAGGCAAGAGUGUUUUUAUACAUAGGAUACCAUUUGAACCCCCCGCAGAUGAGCAAUAUCCAGUCCCCUAUACACGCACACAGUUUCCACUGCAUUUAUGUUUUGCCAUGACAAUAAACAAUGCCCAAGGCCAAACACUGGACCGGGUGGGCGUUUAUUUGAGAAAACCAGUAUUUUCACAUUGGCAACUUUAUGUUGCAAUUUCACGCGCUAAGACUGCUACCUCUGUCAAGCUGCUGAUAAAACCACCAUUCUUCAAUGAACAUCGUCUAAAUUACACGAAAAAUAUUGUUUACACUGAAGUGUUGCAGGCAGCACAAAUUGUUUGA